CUCCCGAAUUCAUUCAGAGGCUCAACGGUGAGGAGACGGUGAUGGAGGGACAGUCCUUGUGUAUAGAGUGCAAAAUUCGUGGAUUUCCUGUACCAACUCUUCGCUGGUUUAAGGAUGACGAACAAAUAAUAGAUCAUCCGAGAAUCCACGUGGAGAGCAACGGUAAGGGCGGAUACUCUCUCAUCAUCGACAACGUCCACAAGGGAGACGAGGCGGCCUAUAGAUGCCGGGCAGAGAAUCUAGAAGGGGCCUGCUCGUCAUUCUUCUUUCUGUCAGUGAAAUCCAAACCCAAAAACAAAAAGAAGAAAGACCAGAAGAAUUCCCCGAACAGACGAACCGUUUCUUUCCCUCCCAUGUUCGCCACUAUCGUGGAGAAGGUCGAGGAGGAGGAGAAGCAAGGGAUAGAACUCCAAAAAUUGCCGCCAUCACCCAUGACAGAUUUCUAUUAUGCCUUGACCCUGAAAGGUCGACAAAGCUUUCCAACUUUCGUUGGAGACUGGGCUUAUGUGAACGGUGGGCACCCACACAAAAGACGAA